UCUGCUGACAGUCCUCGACGAACAACAGAAUCGAAAACGACUGCCCACGCAAAGUCAAGACAAAAGCUCUUUGGAGGAAAAAAAAAACCGAACCUUAGUGACAAAACAAAAAGUUCAGUGUCUCGGCAGCCGUUUAUCCUCCAAGUUGGCUAAAAAAGCGAACGGGUUCCCGUAGUUGCAUACUCGUAUAGAACAUAAAAACGCGAAAAGGACUGUGAGGAGUGGCAUUUGCAUACAUAUUUCAAUCAUAAAUAAUCGCUUAAAAUGAGGCAUAUCUGGCUGCUGCUACUUAUCGCUUGCGGAUCCAUCCACUUUCCAGGUGUGCUGACCUUGCCGGAGGCGCACCCAGCCAAAUCUUCAGCGGCGGCUGGAGGUGGAAACGGAGGUGGCGCUGGAGGAGGAGCCGGUGGUGGUGUUGGUGGGGCUAGUGCCCAAACUAGUGGCGAACCCGGAUCAGAGCUGGGAGAUUAUGAUGACGAGGAGCCGCAGAAGGCGCCCGGAAAUCUGGCCAAGUCCACACCAACUCCCAAGCUGCCGGCUCCCUUUUUCAACCAAAAGGCAGUGGAUGUCUAUGUGCCUGAAAACGCCACCAGGGUCAAGCUGGAAUGUCCUGUUAAAAACUAUGAUCCCGACCGGCAUGUGAUCCUCUGGUACAAGGACAACAACCAACUGAGCAAUGGCGAAACGCUGAUGAACAACAUUUACACUCUGGACAGUCAAUUCUCCCUGACCGUUCCCUUGUCGUCCAAUGCCACGGAGUUGAGGUUCUCGUGUAGUGUGAUGCCUCAGAAUGUGCGACGACAGGUCACCAUCCGUUUUGGCCCGGAGCCAAGCACCCCAGCUCCGGCUGUAGAUCCGUCUCCGGACGCGACACCACCACCCGCCCAUGAUUCAGCGACCGAUUUCCGCCGAGACAUUGGCCUUUGGCCGGCGGCUGCAUUGCUCUUGGCCGCCAUCCAAGUGGCUGGCCAGGCACUCUACUAAAGCUGGCCAAGUUCAAGAGCUCCGUAAAAAGAAUCGCACCACCGGCAUUGACGCCAACCGAGUUACGAGUUUGGAGAUGCGCACCGCAACAGAUGAGCUUGACCUUUUGGGAUGAACCCAAGGAUUAGCGAUUGCUUGGCAAAUUGAGUUAGAUGUUGCUUUGUUAUUGUAAUAUAGGACGACGAUCUUGUGGGGAGAAGCUACUUCCUCCAGUUAUAGGUUUGAUUUAAACUUCCGAUUCUCAGCUUCCUCUACUUCCAAGCUAUAUAAAUAUGUGCAGUUACCAAUCGAUUCCUUUGAAGGUGCAACUUAAUUUACUUGUUAAAAGAUUACAAAAAAAAAAACGCAAAGUUUUCCUUAGGAAUAUAUACAUAAUUAUAUAUGCUACAUACAUAUAUGUAGGAUCGAAUUAGCCUAGUGUAUUUGCUUUAAACGUGCGCUUAAUGAAUCGAAAACUUAGUGAAUAAUUGAUUUUAACUUAGCGGAACAAAAUGCGAUAAACAAGUGGCUUAAUCAGUGUAAAGAGAUACGGUAUACUAUAUGUACGAUCAGAUUAUGUGUACAUCGAAACAAUGUAUGUUAUUUUGUCGGAUGUAAACUGAAAUAAACUAUAGCUGCUAUAGACCCAGCUGAA